CUUUUGUUGAAUUUCAAACUUGGAGGGUCACAUUUCCUGUUACUACUUAGUUUGUAUUUUGUAGGCAGCAGCUGUUUGAAAUUGACUCAUUCUAAAGUAGUCGCCAAUACUUUUGGUAAACUGCUUGUUCGUAAAUCUGUCUCUAGUCCUUGGACUUUGAUUCAGGGCACUGAAGUUCUCUCUGCAUUCAUGGGUAGUUUAACCCUGGGUUUGUGAUUUUGCCUUUGUAAGCAUGGUUUUUAUUCCCAUAUUCUGUCUUCUUCAAAGGGAAAAACUUCUUUCUGCAGUUUACUUUCUCUUGCACAAAUCGAUAUCACUCAUUGGUGAUGGGUAAAGGGCAUGUGUCUGAUAGGUAUGUAUUAUUUCCCCUAUGCUGUUAAAUCUUACCUAGACAGGGUUAGAAAGGGGUCAGAUGUGUGCAACCAUACCCUUAUUCUCAUAGGUAUAUUUUAUAUACGUAUAAUUCAAGUUUUGGCUUACAAAUUAUUCAAGUGACAAAAUAUUUAAGAUCUGCAUCUAACUACUAAGCAUUUGUAAUAUUGGACUGGCGUCGUUGCUGCUAUUUUCUAGUUAAUGACAAUAGCCCGAUAUUAUGUCUGACUCAACUCAAGUGAAUAGUUAUUGAUAUGUUGCAGACGUAAGGCAUGACAAUGAACAGUGCCAGCAAUUGCCACCCUCAGUUGUAUGAUUUUUAAGGAACUUCGUAUUAAUAGUUUCAUCGUAUUAACAAGCGGACUUUCUGCAUUUUUUUCCAGUUUUAUAUAGUCCCGACAUAGGCACGAUCACACAGCAUGCCAUCCACCUUGUAGACCUUGUAUACCUUAUUCGCUCUGGCAUGACCCCAUUGCCAUCUCUACUUUCAGUCUUGAACGCAUGUAUUGUAGCAUAUUAUUGGAGCUUUGCUCAGGCUAGGGUUCUGGUUGAUGGUGAAUCCCUUUCCAUUAAAUAUGUUGCGUUCUUUUUGUCUCAACUGCAUAAAUGAAUAAACGCUCUAUGUGGUUCUUCAUGUAUUUUGGUGAAGAAUAGGUAAAAUAAUUGUUUAAUAUUACAUGGUGGGGCCUAAUCCAAUAUGUUGUAGAGACCUAAUCACUUUAAGGAUUCAUUAAGCAUCACUGGAGCAGAAUGGUCCCAUUCUCUGGGCUUCAUGAAAAUACGCACACCAAAACAGAGGAACUACACUGGCAUGGGCCCAUGCUAUCUUAGAGAUAACUAACUUUUUUUCUCUUUUUGUCAUGCCCUUGUCUCUCUCAUACUCUUUCCCCUCCCCUGCUUUGACACAGUUGAAUGAGUAACCUUGUAUUUAAAAGUUGCAAAUGAGCCCUACUCUUUCCCGCUCUUCGCCCCUCUCCCCUCAUUUCUGCUUUAGCAUAGCAGUAUUGGAUCAUUGGCCCUGUAAUUAAUGCUAUGCACAGAUCCUCUUUCUUUGAUGCCAUUGUUUACUGACAAUUCUUGAACGUCACUUAAAUCUGAAAUGUUCACCCUGCUCAUCCUCUUUGUUUCUUCUUAAGAGCAGCCUAUCCUUCUUGGGAAAGGAAAUAUAGUGUAGUGAAGUGAUAUGGCUGGUUAUGGUGACAACACUAAUCGGUGGAAUCUGAAAGCUAUAUGUGUAGCUUUUGUGUUUGUAAUUUCUGUAUGGUUCUUGUUCAUGGGAAUGUUAGCAAGUGGAGAAAUCAAGGGAUGUGCAGGGUCAACAUGUACACCAACUGGAAAUCACAAGCAUGCCACAUUGAUGGGUAGGGAGAGACGUUUGCUUCAUGUGAAGUUCGACCCAAUAUAUGUUAGUAAAAGAAGAGUUCCUAGUGGACCUGAUCCUUUUCACAACAGGCAUGCCGGGGAAAGUAGAAGAACUCCUGGCCGUGCUUAACAGUGCCCUCACACUCCGCCAUGACUGAAUCUUAAAUGCUUCUUGCUCGUUACUCGUUAGUCGAUUACGAAUCAUUACUAAUGUUAUAAAUAUAUAGGAAGUGUUGGUUUUGAAGUUAUGAUUUAUUUCCCAUUUAGAAUGACAUAAGUGAAUCCUUCCAUGAUUUACUUUCCAUUUAUGAAUGGCACAAGUGAAUCCUUUGGGUGAUGAUGUAAAGUUUUGGCUUUGAACUUGUAUUUAUUUAAGUACCAAAUUUAUUUUACCAGCUAGUUUUUAUGUUGAGAAUCAUGAUAAAUGUUUUAAAUCUUCUGUAAGAGAUUUUUUUUAAUGAAAGGUGAGUUAAAA